CAUACUUAAGCAUGAUGAAUAGCUCCAAAUCUCCCUUCUCUGAAGAGUGUAUGCAGUAUAUUAUGCAUUCAAACCAUUCAGGGUCAAAUGUCAGUAGGAUGCAGAAUUCAACCCUGGCACAUGAUCAUCUGCUUUUUAUUGGUGCGAAGUAUCAGGAGCCAAAUCAUGUGUCCAUUCCAGUCACAGUUUUCUAUGGCCUGCUUUUUGUGUUUGGAGUCCUUGCUAACAGUCUUACCAUGUUAACCUUAAUAACGAAUCUUAGAAUGAAGAUUAGUGCAAUUCGGUUUUACCUGCUCAGCUUGGCUCUGGCUGAUUUCUUGCUUCUUUUGACUAUUCCAGUUACUCUAUAUCGCUCCUACUGGCACUACUAUCCUUGGCUUCUUACUGAUCCUGUUUGCAGACUCUAUUUCAUGAUUCGACAAAUUUACUGUGCCACAACUAGCUGGACAAUUAUUGCAUUUACUGCUGAACGAUAUAUUGCAAUUUGCCAUCCAAUGUGGUCAAUUACAGGGCUUAGGCAGUCUCGGAUGACCUAUCUACUGGCAAUUAUCUGGCUACUAGCCUUUGCCACCUCUGUGCCUUUUGCUGUGGUUUAUGGGCAGUCACUAGCCUGUGUCUUGGACUACACCUCUACCACAAAGGACCAAGCUGUUUUUCAUUCAACUGUUUGUGAGAUGGUAGAAAAAGAACCCUUCCCAAUCUACAUAAGUGUGAUUAAAAUGCGCAGCAUUCUUUGCUUCCUUGUUCCCCUAAUCAGCAUAGUCAUUUUUCAUGUGCUAAUAUUUCGACACUUGACAGCCAGCAGACGUCAAAGGGAGGAAAUGGGCCUUACAGGAACCUGGAAUAGCCAUUUUUCUACACAAGGUCCUACCACUGGGAAUCUACCAAUGUCUGAAAAGAAGGCACGGCAGCUGAUGGGUGCAGUGAUUGUAGCUUUCUUCCUCUGCAACUUUCCAGACACAGCCUCAUCUCUUAUGCAUAUCUAUAUUUCAAAGUGGACAGCAAUGAUGCAUACAGUCUAUGCAUGGCUGAAGUUCUACCUUUCCCUGCCUCUUUGGUAUGUCAACAGUGCACUGGACCCCCUCCUCUUUUGCAUCUCUUCUGCGUCUUUUCGUAGGGCAUGUCGGGAAAGUUUGGUUCCUCUUAUCCCAUGGAUUGGGAAGUCUCUCAAUGGAGUUGGGAAAAAGUUACAGGUUUCUUGGGCUGGACAGUCUAGUACAGUGUUUAUUCCAACUCCCAGAGUCCAGAGAUCAAGUUGGACUCUCAACUCAACAGAAGGAGAUCACAAUGAAUGCUAUGGCUUAGAGCUGCGGACCAGUGAUCCUCGACUCCUCUCCCUCCGACAGCUUUCAGUCCUAGAGACAACAGAACACAUGUCUGACACUUAAUCUAAUGAACAUUACUUCAUAUGUUGCAGUGACUACAGCAGACAAAACACAGCAGAAUACAUUAUUUCUGCCUCACUUCCCAAAAGACUCUAAAAUGCAUAACUUGCUGAUCAGGAAGUACAUCUUAUAAAAGAAUAGGUCUGACAAGUUUGGUCAUGAAGGAAAACGAUGUGGAUGAGUUUUAUCUGUCAGUAAUUCUGAACAGUUUAUCAGACUGUUUUUUUUUUUUCAGUUCUGUAACAGGAAAAUUAUAUAUGUAAAGGAUGUAUUGCACUAUGAGAAGUAUGCAUUGGCACAUAUUACUGGUAUUCCAGCAACUGUAAAGAAAUGACAUUUCUAAUUAAAAGAAGGUUAAGAGUUCAGGAAGCUGAUCAAGCCAGCUCUGGCAUGGCAGAACAAUAAUGUGGGCUUAGAAAGAAAAUACAUCCCCUGAAGCUGUUUAAGAAAAUCAUGGACACCAAUGGUGUGGCAUUCUGUUUAGUUAUUUUGAAUGGGUAAAUGCACUUUAUAGAAAUAUUUUGCAAACAUGAUACUGGCCAAAUAGGUUAACAUGUGAUAAGGUGCCAGGCAAGGGGAAACAAAAAGAGUGCUAUAAAACAUCUGCAAAAUAAAGACAUUUUCAGGCAAGAAAUGUUGCUGCAUUAAAUAUUUGAGAAAUCUGAGCCUGAUAGAAAGCUCUCUGGCAGGCAUAAUGUUUCAGCAGGUGACCUUAUUAAUCCACCUUUAUACCAGUAAAGCAAGUAACACAGUAAUAAUAAUUUUACUCAACUAAAGACCAGGACAAGUAGUUCAGUACAAAUAUUAAGUAACAUAAGUUCAGUGAUCCAGCAAAUGCAACUCAAAGAAGAAUUAAUGGUGCAUUUUUUUCUUUUCUACGAAAUAGAAUUAUUUGAGCAUGUUAUUAAAAAGAAAGGAACUUCUGCGUUAUUUGUGACAUUUGGAUGUCAAACAAAAUGAAGCCAGAAUAGAACUGACAAAAAAUAGAUAC